AUGGCCCCGGGCCGGAGGGUCCGCCAGGCGCUGGGCAUCUUCGGGGAGAAGCUGGCCCGCCGCCGGCCUCUGGAGCCGGGCCCGGGGGCCGAGACCCGCUUCUCUCGCUGCCUGAGCGGCCUGGACCUGGUGGCCCUCGGGGUGGGCAGCACCCUGGGCGCGGGCGUCUACGUCCUGGCCGGCGAGGUGGCCAAGGACAAGGCCGGCCCGUCCAUCGUCCUCUGCUUCCUGGUGGCCGCCCUGUCGUCCGUGCUGGCCGGCCUCUGCUACGCCGAGUUCGGGGCCCGCGUCCCCCGCGCCGGUUCGGCCUACUUGUACAGCUACGUCACCGUCGGGGAGCUGUGGGCCUUCACCACUGGAUGGAACCUCAUCCUCUCCUAUGUCAUCGGGACGGCUAGCGUGGCCCGGGCCUGGAGCUCCGCCUUCGACAACCUGAUUGGGAACCGGAUCUCUGCCACCCUGCAGGAGGCCGUGCCCCUCGGGGUGCCCCACGUCCUGGCCGAGUACCCCGACUUCUUCGCCUUCGGCCUCGUGCUGCUGCUGACGGGGCUGCUGGCCCUGGGGGCCAGCGAGUCGGCACUGGUGACCAAGGUGUUCACGGGCGUGAACCUGCUGGUCCUCGGGUUUGUCAUCGUAUCCGGCUUCGUCAAGGGCGACCUGCGCAACUGGCGGCUGGCGGCCGAUGACUACGCGUUGGACUCCCCCGGACCCAAUGACACCUACAGGCUGGGGCCCCUGGGCGCAGGCGGGUUCGUGCCCUUCGGCCCCGACGGCAUCCUGAGGGGAGCGGCCACCUGCUUCUACGCCUUCGUCGGCUUCGACUGCAUCGCCACCACGGGAGAAGAGGCCCGCGACCCCCAGCGCACCAUCCCGACGGGCAUCGUGGUAUCCCUGCUGGUCUGCUUCGUGGCCUACUUCGGGGUGUCGGCGGCGCUGACCCUGAUGAUGCCCUACUACCUGCUGCGCCCCGAGAGCCCCCUGCCCGAGGCCUUCCGCCACGUCGGCUGGGCCCCCGCCCGCUACGUGGUGGCCGUCGGCUCGCUCUGCGCCCUGUCCACCAGCCUCCUGGGAUCCAUGUUCCCGAUGCCAAGGGUCAUCUUCGCCAUGGCGGAGGACGGGCUCCUCUUCCGGCCCCUGGCCCUCGUCCACGCCCGGACGCGCACACCCCUCGUGGCCACCGUCGCCUCGGGCCUUGUCGCAGCUAUCAUGGCCUUCCUGUUCGAACUGAGCGACCUGGUGGAUUUAAUGUCAAUCGGGACGCUCUUGGCCUACUCCUUAGUAGCCGUCUGUGUCCUAAUCCUCAGGUACCAACCGGACGAGCUGAUGGAGCGGAAGGGAGAGGAGCGUGUGGAGCUUCGGUCGGCGAGGGAGGAGAAGACGGGCAGGCAGGAGGGAGGCCCCGGGCAUCCGGCGCCCACCCUCUCCCGCCUCCUCUGCCACGCCACCGCCGGCCCGACGCCCGCCUCCGGCCGCCUGGUCUACACCUGUGUCUCUCUGCUGGCCGUGGGGCUGACCGCCCUGAGCCUGGUGCUGGCCCAGUGGGCCGAAGAGCUGCUGGCCGGGAGCCCCGUCCCGGUGGCCCUGUUCCUGCUGCUCCUGGGGCUCGUCGCCGGGGUCACCGGGGUCGUCUGGAGGCAGCCGCAGAGCCCCACGCGCCUCAGCUUCAAGGUGCCCGUCCUGCCCUUCCUCCCCGUGCUCAGCGUCUUCAUCAACGUUUACCUCAUGAUGCAGCUCAGCGCGGGCACCUGGGCCCGAUUCGGAGUCUGGAUGGCCCUGGGCUUCGCCAUCUACUUCGGCUACGGGAUCCGGCACAGCGUCGAGGGGCAGCGCGGAGACCCCCUGCCCACCAAGACGCGGUCCAGCGACACGUCGGUCUGACCGCCGCCCGGACCCCCGGCCUCGCCCCUGGCAAGACCAGGCUCCUUCCUUCCACAGGGCCCCAUGACACGGGGCGCGGGGAAGUUGGGUCAGUAGGGAGAGACGGACAGCUCGUUCUAAU